CGGAAGUUUGAACUGAACAUGAUUUUGACGUCCGUCAUACUUUUCUUUGCGUUUUACGUAGGUUGGAUAAAAUGGAUUUAUCAUCGAUAUAACAGGAUAUCCUUAAUGUCGGGUCUUUUAUUCAAUGAUCCUGAACAUAAAAUGGGUUUCCGAGAUGUACAAGAAACUUCUCUCGCGCUUGAUUCAGGGCGAGCAUUGUUUGUAAUUGCACAUCCUGACGAUGAGUGCAUGUUUUUCAGUCCUUCAAUAAUUAUGUUGUUGAAGCAGAAUGUUUCUGUGCAGUUGUUAUGCUUGUCAUCUGGUAAUUACUAUAAUCAGGGCGUGCAGCGCAAAAAAGAACUCCUCGACAGUGCAGCCGUUUUGGGAAUAGCAGCAUCCCAAGUCUUCAUUAUUGAGCACAAAGAUCUUCAAGAUGACCCCAAAGCAGAAUGGAGCAUUUCUCUAACAUCACACCUGAUUUUGAAACACAUCCAGACACAUUCCAUCAACGUUGUACUGACAUUCGACGGAAGUGGAGUAAGUGGCCAUGCCAAUCACAUUGCCAUCUACAAGGCCCUCAGUCAUCUUGCUGUCACUGGGAAAGUACCACAUGACUGUCAUGUCCUGGUUUUGAAUACCAUCAGCAUCUUCAGGAAGUAUCUCUCCAUCUUGGAGCUGCCAAUCAGUUGGCUAAUUCCCUCGGACCUGUGCUGCCUAAUUGGUUCAGAAGAAUACAAACAAGCCAAAAGGGCCAUGUUCUCUCAUCGCAGCCAGUUGUUGUGGUUUCGCCACCUCUACAUACUCUUUUCUCGCUAUAUGUUUGUCAAUACAUUCCAAGCCAUCCCCCUUUCCAGGAAAGAUAUAAAAGUAUAUUAGUUUGACCCUCUAUUUUGACCACACUACUAGAGGAAUGCACUAAAUUCUCAAUGUGGGCCUACAACUAGAGAUAGCCUACACUGACCAAUGGACUGGAAUAACUGGUAGACCAUAUUAAGACUAUGGACACUAAACCAAUGCACUGGAACAAUUACGUUGUUAUGAGUAUGGACACACUGACCAAUACACUGGAAUGACUAGGUUAUGUUACGGGUAUGGACUGGCCUGCAUAAAGACGCUCUUAAACCAAAUGUUACUUUCACACCGACUACGGCUGCUGAUGCACUGACAUUUUAAUGUUAUUUCUUGUAGUUGCGUAGAUCUUCCCAUCUUCUCUCUGACCCUUUGUAAAUUGAAGCAUAUAAUGGCUCCUGUUGAAUCUUGUUAAUUGAUGUUGCCUUUGAUUCGUGACUAGAAAAUUGCCUUUGAUUCGUGACUAGAAAAUGUUCAGUUCAAAUGUAUCUACAUGGGCACUGGACCACUCUGUUACUUGAUCUUGUGAAGCUGAAUUAUAGUAGGCCUGUUUACAUUCAUGCUGCAGAGCUGAUGUCCUCCUCGUGUAAUUAAGAGCUUUUAUUUCAUCACUGUAAAAAUAAAUAUCUUUACUA